AAAUAUUUUAGAGCAUCUGAGUACCUUAUUAUACAUGAAGUACCUAUAUAUGCGGAUAUAAGUGGAAUACGUUCAACAAUAAUAUUAUAUUUUUCUCCUUCUAUAUUAUUAUACUUUGAAUGUUUAUACUUACAAAUGUGUAUAUGUGCAAUAAUAACAAUAUUAAAUUUUACUCUUGAAUACGACGGCGAGCACAUGUAAUCUAUUCGUUUUUAAAUCGUUUAUUUUUUUUUUUUUAUUAUUAUUUUUUUAUUUUAUUCUCUUUUUUGUGCUCUCUUGUUUUUUUCUUUUGCUUCAAAUUUAAUAACCAUUAUACAUGUGUGUAAUUUAAAAAAAAAAUAAAUUAGAAAAUAAAAAAUUGUAAUAACUAUUUUAUAAUAAUAGUAAUAAAAGAGAGAGAGAAUAAAAAAAAGAGAGAAAAACUUAAUAUAUAAAAUUGGUGAUUUAGUGAAAUUAUAUACUGUUAUACUGGUGUACGGUACGAUAGAAAUAUGUGUAAUAAAUAAUUGAAUGGUAUAUACAGAAAUAAAUAUAUAUUAUUAAAAAAAUAUAACAAUAAUAAAAAUAUCUAAAUAGCACAAAUAAUAUGAGUUUCAAAUAUAAUUUUAAAAUAUACAAGAUAAUUGAAUAGUGAAUUAAAUUUUAUGUGUAUAAUAUAAAAUAUAUGUAUGAAAAUCGAAUAAUAUUGUAAAUAAUAUAAAAUUCAUUAACAAGACUAACGAUAUUUGAAGUUAAAAUAAAAUUUAGAGUCUGAAAACCAAAAAAAAAAAAUAAAUAUAAUAAAAUAGAGUGAAAUAAAUUCGAAACAAAAUUAUUAAACAGCCGAUUAAAUUUAAAGUGAAUAAAAUAAAUAUUUAAAUAACAAAUAAAUAAAUCAACUUGUAUAACAAUAUAAAUUUUUAAAAAACCCUACAUAAUAUCUACAUUUUUUCGUAUAUAUAUAAAUGGGUAUACAUAAUAUGCAAUAAGCUUUAAAAAAUAAUAUUAAUUUUAAAAAAAUAAAACCAUAAAAUAUUGAAUGAAUUGAUUACAAAUCUAGGCGAAGCAACAAACAAAAAAAAAGGAUACAAUACAAAAUUAAGGAAAUGGAUUGGAAAAUAAAUGAAUUGAUUUUUUGUUUUUUUCUUUUAUUUGGUUAUAUAUUAGAACCAAUUAGUAGCGCUAGACAAAAUCCUUUAAAAGAUCCAAAAAUAUGUGGAAGACCAAUAUGUGAUUUAGAUACAGAUAAAUUUCAUUGGAAUAAUAAAAUACGUUAUAAAUAUGAUUAUAUGGUACAUAUACGUACUGAAUUUAGUGGUAGCGGUGAUAAUACAUCAGAUUUAUAUUUAAAAAGUAAAAUAAAUUUAAUAUUUCCAACAAAAUGUGAAGGUAUUUUAACAAUAACAAAUGUUGAAUUACGUGAAAUAUCAACAAUAUCAUUAAAUAAUAAUAAUGAUAAUAAUAAUAAUGAUGAUGAUGAAACACCAGUAUAUGAUUAUAAUAAUUAUGAUUAUGGUGAACAAAUAAUACCAGAUACAACAAUAGAUUCAAAUUUAAAUAAAAAUUUAGAUACAACAUUACAUAAUAAAAGUUUUGAUUUAGCAAAUUCAUUAGAAAAAUAUGAUUUAAAAUUUUCAUUUCAUGAUGGUUUAAUUAGUGAAGUAUGCCCAGAUCAAUAUGAACCAAUAUGGGUAUUAAAUUUUAAAAAAGGUAUUAUAAGUCAAUUACAAAAUACAAUGUUACGUUUUGAUGUUGAUUUAAAUACAACUGAAACUGAUAUAUCUGGUAUAUGUAAUGUUGCAUAUAGUUUAGAAGGUGCUGAUGGUACAAAUGUAUUAAUUAAAAAAAUUAAAAAUAUUGAUUCAUGUCGUAAUCGUAUUAAAAUGCAAUCAAUAUUACAAACAACACCAUAUCAUUUUCGUGAUGAUAAAGUUAUAUGGCCUAUAUUAAAUUCAAAUAGUUAUUGUAAUAUUACUGUUGAUCAUAAUAUAUAUCAGCAAGUCAACUGUCAUGAAAAACAUCAACUAAUACCAUUUUCACAUAAUACAAGCGGUGCCGUUACUGAAACUUAUACGAGAUUAAUUUUGGAGAAAGAAGAAACAAUUAAAGCGGACAGUUAUGAUCCAUACAAGGAUGAUGAAAACGUAAUAAAAAGACGCUCCAUGUUACUCUUUGAUCAUACCCCAUCAUUAAAACCAACACAUGGUGAAAUUAGAGCAUCUCGUGAUUUGCUGAAGAAAAUUUGUGAUCUUGGUUUUCCAAAUAUUCAGCGUGAAUUCAUUGAAACUUUUACGAAAUUUUUGGAAACAACACGCCUUCUGUCAUAUAAAGCAUUGCAUCAACUACUUUUAAGAUCAGUUAGUGUUUGCGAAAGUGGUAAUGGAAGAAACCAUGUUCUAGAAAGUCUUCCAUAUAUUGGAAGUACUGCAUCUUACCAAUUAAUGAGAGAUGAAAUUAUUGGUGAAACUGUACCAAAAGAAACAGCACAAAGUUGGAUGACUUCAAUGUCAUUUUUAUUGAGACCCGAUGAAGAAACUUUAGAAACAUUUUAUACUUUACUUGAGUAUGGUAAAAAGAAAAUUAAUCCUGAAUAUACAUUAGGUGCUUCAGCUGUUGUACAUACAUUUUGUCGUCAUAAUAGUGAUUGUAAUAAAAAUGAAAAAGUAUUGAAAAUUGUACGGAAAUUGGAAGAAGAGUUUUCAGAAUUAUUACAAUCAGAUUUAAAUGAGAGACGGGUACAUGAGCGAAUAACAAUUUUAUUGAAAGCAAUCGGUAAUAUUGGUGUUAUGACAGAAGAUUUUGAAAAUAAAUUGAAAAGUUUAAUUCUUAUGGAGGAUAAUUUAACAACUGAAACACGUCUGGAAAUUGUAUUAGCAUUUAGAAAAUUCGAUUGUAAUAAGAAUAAAGAUUUCUUCUUAGAUAUCUAUAGAAAUUUUAUGCUUAAUUCAGAAAUAAGAAUUUUAAGUUAUCUACAAGUGAUGAGAUGUCCCGAUUAUUUAUCAAUAAAUGAAAUUAAAAGAGUACUUGAAACAGAAGAAAUUAAUCAAGUUGGUUCAUUUGUUUGGUCGCAUCUAAAAAAUAUUGCAAAAUCAGCAUCACCUGUUCGAGUUGAAGCACAAGGUUUAUUAGCUGACGACGACUUGGGAAACAAAUUCAGAAUGGAUAUCAGAAAAUUUUCAAGAAAUUACGAAUAUAGUUUGUUUUUUGAUGAAUAUAAUUUUGGUGCCGAAGCUGAAUCGAAUAUAAUUUUUGGUACCGAUUCUUAUCUUCCGAGGAUAGUAAAUUUGAAUUUCACAGCUGAUCUCUUUGGUGAAUCGGUAAAUUUCUUUGAAAUCACCGGGCGAGCACAAGGUUUUGAACAAUUCAUUGUAUCUAUAUUUGGACCAAAAGGGCCACUGAAUUCUGAAGUUGUUCGUAAUAAAUUCAAAUUUUUGAAUCGAUUUAUGGGUGAUGAUAGCUCUGAAAAUUCUAAUGAGGAUUUCUUGGAUUUUGAAAAGUUACGUUUGAAGCGAACACCCAUGCAAAAUGAAGAAGAUGAAAAUUAUAAUUUUGAAAAUGACGAUAACGAUAAAGAUCCUGAGAAAGUGAAAACUCAUGAUCGUGAAAUACAUAAAGAAGUUGAUCAAUUGGGUUAUAAAUUAAAGUACGAUCAUGGACAUCCGAGAGCAACAUUGGGUCUUAGGGUAUUUGGUAAUGACUUACGUUACAUAUCAGUUGAUGGAAUGAAUGAAGUUAUGGGAUUAGCACAAAAAUUGAAUCCAUUUUUAAUAGCUGCUAAAAUAUUAUCUGGUCGUGAAAUAACAUAUUCUCAAUCGGGUAUAUUUUUGGAUGCAUCAUAUAAUGUACCAUUAGCUGUAGGCUUGCCAUUAGGCAUUAAAGCAUUUGGUGCUUCAUCGGUUGAUUUGAGAAUGUCUGGGAAUUUGAAACGAUAUGAAAAUGAAGGUGAUUGGAAUUUUGAUAUUCAAGGUAAAAUUAAACCAAGUGUUUCUGUUGAUGUAUUAACAACAAUGGAAUCAGAUUUUUACUAUGCUGUAUCUGGUAUUAGAGUCAAAUCAAAUUUAUAUUCAAGUUCGCAUUUAGAAACAAAUGUUAAGGUUCGUGGAUCCAAACUUGUAUCUGUAUCAUUUAGUCUGCCCCAAGAUAAAAAUGAGAUAUUUAGCGCAAAAUCAGAUUUAAUUGUAUUUAAAUAUGGUGAAGAAUUACAACAAUCUGGAAUUGAAAGGCGUUCAUCUAAUACAACAUGCACGUGGCCAAUAUUGGAUAGUGCUUUAGGUUUAAAAGUAUGUUCGCAUUAUAGUCUACCAGAUUUGAGUAAUGCUACUGAUGUAACAUAUCCUGGGUUAUUAUUAAGUGGACCAACAAAUAUUCGUAUGUACUUGGAAAAGACUGAUUUAAGUAUUAAGAAAUUUGUAUUAGAGUAUCGGUGGGAUCAAGUUCAAGAAACCACUACUGGUUCGUUAUUAUUCUAUACACCAAAAUCAGUAGUUACAAGAAUACUAACCGCUAAUAUUACAAAAACACCAAAUGCUUUGAAUGGAUCUCUAUCAUUUGUAUUAGGUGAUAAUUCAUAUUCGGCUGUGGGUCAUUAUAAAAAUGAUCCUGUUGACCAACGAUUUGAAUUUUUUGUUGAAAGUAAUGGACAAAAAAAUUUGGCACUUUAUGCGAAUAUGAAUCGAACAGAAAUACGAAAUGGCUACUUAUAUUUGCCAGAAUUUAAGUUAUAUGUCAAUGAAGCUAUUAUUGCUGGUUUGUCAGGUACAUUGAAAAUUAGUGGGAAAAAUGGUAUAAAACAGAGCGAAAUUGAUGUGUUAUUUGAAACAAGAAAAUUACAAGCACGUUUAUAUGGAUAUGUGACAGAGAGUGAAAUUAAAACAUCUACCAAACUUAGAUUAGAUUACAGGUUUGAGGAAAAUGAGAAAGAAAAAAUCGAAUUUGAAUCAGUGUUGGAAAAUCGCAGUAAAAAAUCUAGAACUGAUUAUAAGGGCAACGUUAAACUGGUAACAUCGGCAUACCCCAAAUUGAAUUUUGCUGGUAGUCUAUUUUGGUUAUCUGUCUUAGCACAUACUGAAUGCAGGCUAACUUAUAAUAACGCACCAGAUUUAAUAGAUAAAUCUUACAAUACUGAUUUAAGAUUAGUGUUCAUAAAAACUGAGCCAGAUGUUUAUGCUGAACGACUUGGGAAAACUAUGACACUGGCCAAAUUUGAAAUUUCGAGAUUAAAGGCUAAUAUCGAUUUUGGUUGUGGAAUUAAGUAUGAAGAAAUCGAAAAAAAUGGAACUGCUCAUGCAAUCAGUACUGGAUUGCGUUAUGCUCCAGGUAAAGAAGUGACUGGAAACUUCUUAAUUCAUUUCCCGAGGAGAAAUUUGUUUGCGAUAAAUACGUUUGUAAAUAUUACUGUACCUGAUUUCGAUUCAGCAACUAUGCAAUUAGGAAUAAAUGAAGUUAGAGUAAAAGACUAUAAGUUUGAUUUCGCUGGAACUUGGUUUACAAAUCAUUCAAUCUCUAUUGAUGGAAAUUUCAAAGACAAUAGUACACGGAGUCAUGUAAUUAAAUUCCUAAAAGUUGUUGUACGCAGCCCAUCUUUUGAAGAAAUAACAGCUGAUGUUGUUUAUAGAAGAAGUGCACUUGAAAUGUUUGUAAAUGUACGUGGAACUUAUAAUAAAGAUCCUUAUGGUAUAAUGAUAAAAUAUACCGGAUUAAAUAGUGGUCAAAGAAAUACAUAUUUGGAAUUCAAAAGACGCGAGGAAAUAUAUUGGUUAUCAGCUAAAUUACUGAAAGAUGUUAAUAAAUUGUUACAGAUUGAUAUACAUUGGGACAAGGCCCGUGAUAUAAAUGUUAAUGUUCGAGCAGUUUCAUUACCUUUACGAAAAGAACUUUCUGUAGAAUUAAAAUGGGACGCAAAUAGAGACCCAAGUCAAAGACUUGCCAUCCAAGCACAAUAUAAUAAUCCACGUUAUAGAAAAUAUGAUGCAAAUUUUAUGUUAACAUAUCCUGAGAAGACGCUUAGUUGUGGUUUUGAUGUUUAUACUGGCGGUCCGAACUAUUAUGGUCAAGGGCGUGUUAGCUGGAAUGCUGACGAAGCAAUAAUUGUAAACUAUGAUGCUGGUUUUAUACCAAAGCCCGAUGGUUCGGAAUAUAAUAGUUGGGGAAAAAUUGAAAUAAAUACACCGUUUGACGGAUGGCGUCGUAAUCAUGGUAAAUGUGGACUAUAUAUUGCUAAUAAUUUAAUAUUGGCUAAUAGUUCGAUGCUGUGGGCUGAUAACCAAGAUAUAAAUGUAAUAUAUAAAAGUAAUUAUGUAGCUGAUGACAACGAAAUGAAAGCUGAAAUAAAUUUUGCAGUUAACAGUACCAUAUCUGAUGUACCUACAAUGAGUUCCCAUUUCAGGCAUAGUCAAACAAUUAAAAGAGUUUAUACUGAUGCAGAUUUUAGGUAUAAAACAUCAAGUAGUAAUGAUUUGCAAGUUUACAGCAUAAAAUCGGACUGGGAUUUUGAUCAAAAAGAUAAUUAUAAAAAUAUAACUGGAAAAGUUAGUUUAAGAAGUCCUUUUGAAGGAUAUCAGACUGGUAAUUUAAAUUUAAAAAUGAGUAUCAAUGAUAUACGCAAAAUUCAAGCAGCUGCAUCAUUAAAAUUUGAAGAUAAAAGGUUUACUUUAGUCUUAGAUGGCUAUAUAAAAAAAUUCAAUGACAAUAUGUUACAAGUUAAUAUAACAACACCAUUACCAAAAUUUCCAACAAUAACGGGACGUUUUGGUUUUAUUGAAAGAAAUCGUCAUGCAGUUACAAUGUUAACAUCACCUGGUGGUUCAAUGGGAGCUGAAAUAAUGUUGGCAAUUGAUUCAAUUGCUGAUUUUGAUAUACAGUUCAAUUUAGCGACACCAAUAGAAUCGUUCCAAAGAGUAUUAUUAGUAGCAAAAUUAAAGCCAGAUACUAUGGACUAUCGUGGUGGUUUAAAUGAAGUUACUCUUGGUUUUACUGGAAUUUGGCGUUAUGUGAAUACUACUGACAUGGAGUAUUCAUACAGGGUAUUUACACCAUUAAAAAAAUUUGAAGAAAGUGGUUUAGUCUUUAAAUAUUUGAUGUCAAGUGAAGAAUUUUUAUUAAACGCUUACGGGAGAUUUUCAACAUACAAAUUGGGAGUACUUUUGAAUGGUAAACCUUUUCCACGACUAAUAACUGAAUUAGAUACAAAAGCAUUUGAUGUACAGUUAACGAAUGAUCCAGAAUUUCAAAUAGCCCGACCAGAUUAUAUAGACGAAGAGGAAGAGAGCGAUGACGACGAUGCUGAAGAAUUGUUUAGCUACAUUGGUAAAAUUGAAUUAGAUACAUUACUUUUCCCAACCAUCAAAGGAAUGAUAGAUAUACAAGAAAAUAGUGAUUAUUAUUUUGUUCUCGGAAAUCUUGAUAUACCACAGGGAAGAAUAAGUUUCCAAGAUAAUGUUUUUUAUCCAGAUUAUUUUCAUGUUGAAAAUGUAUUGAAAAUGAGUACGCCUUUUGAAAAAUUCAAAGACAUCAAAGCAAAGUUUGAAUAUGAAAUUCAAUAUCAAAAAUCAUACGUAUUUGGUUUGAAAGUUGCCAAUAAAAGUCCAAAUGAUACCACAAAAGUUGGAUAUUUUGUUAAUUAUACAAUUUUGAAUGAACAAGACAUUAGAACACGAGAAGUAGGUUUAACUAUAUAUACACCUUUUGAACAUUUUCAAAAAGUUGAUUUAAUGGGCUCACUUGAAAUGGAAGACUAUGCAUAUAAAGCUAACAUUACAACUAGAACAAAUGAAACAACCUUGUCAUUAGCUGGCACAUUAGAAUACGAUGAAGAUAACUAUAUGGAUAUAACACUUGGUUUAGAUCUUGAUACAAAAGAGGUACCGAAUUACGGUUGUUGGUUUCAUGUUAAAAAAGAUUUAAGUGGUAAUGAGCACUCAAUUGAAUUUGCUUUUGAUGUGCGUGAAAAUUCUAUUCCUAAAAAUUUCAAAUUUUUGACAUUGUGGAAAGUGAAUGGAACACAUUUUGUUGAUGGGCGUUGCCGUAUCCAAACAAAUAUAUUGCCUUUAAAAAUAGCCGACUCAUCAGUAUUUAUAACACGCAAUCCAAAUCCAAUAUUAAAUUUUGAUCUGAAACUUAUUGAUAGAUAUGGUAAUAAAACAGAAUACAAAGCAAGAGCCGACCGUAAGCGUAAUGUUGUAAAUAUCGAUUUAAAUACACCUAUAAAAAAUUUUGAAAAUAUAUCAAUGUAUGGUUUACUAACAAAAGCUAAAAUGCCGAAUGAUUAUACAUUUAGUGGGAAUUUAUCAAGGAAUUCAGAAAUUUCCGAUAUUGAUGGAACUGUAUCAUUUUUAUCUGAUUUUCCAGUUAAAGUUUAUUUAAAUAACAGACCAAAAGUUGGACCACCGGGUGUUAUUGAAUUUGAAUUGAAAAGUAUUAGUGAAAAUUAUGCACAAACAUUCCGUUUUAAUUCAAUUGAAAAUGGUAAAAUGUGUCAGAUAUCGGGUGGUUACACCGUUUACAGUUUACUAAAUUGGGAAGUUUCAGUUUUGGUACAAUCAACACAACCAGAAAUUUCUAGAAUUGUUUUCAAUACAAAAAUUAAACCGAAAUCUAAAUCACACUUUGAAGGACGUUUUGAUUUAGAAACACCUUGGCGUCAUUUAGGUAUUGAAACUGUUCGAGGUUUAACUAAUGCUGAACUGACAUCCGAAAGUGGCCGUGUCAAAACUGAAUAUGAAAUUGAAAAUUAUAAAGGUAAAGGAGAUUGUACAUGGACAUUUAUAAUGCUUGAAGAUAUGCAAAUUGGUUUAGAAACCGAAAUCGAACGUAUUGAUACACCAAGUGAACCAAAAAUAAUGACAGCCUAUUUAAUGUAUAUUAAUCCGAACAGAAAUUUUCAAAGAUUAUUAUCUGGUGGAAAAUUAAAUGUACAUUCAAAAUGGAUUUUAGAUGUGAAUGGUACAAUAGCAGUUUCAUCUGGUAAAGACAUAAGAUUAGGUUUAGCAGCAAAUCUACCACAAUUAAUAUCAAAUGAUACACAUCGCUUUGGUAUAAGAUAUCGUGGGAAUUUACUUGAGCAGGCCGCUAAUAAUUUUAAAGAACCAAUUGAUGUUUUUGCUGAAGGAAAAUAUGAAGCAAAUAUAAAACAAACUAAAUAUUUAAUAAAAGGAAAUUUCCGUAAUGUUGCUGAUAUUCAAGGUAUGGGACAUAUUGAAUGGGGUGCAAUAAAUCAAUUCCAAGUAAUUGAUGGCGAUUUCCAAAUUUUAUUAAAAGAUAAAUUGAGAAAAGAAUUUUAUGCAAAAGCAACAACACCAUAUUAUCAAAAUGAAGAAACAUUCUAUGUAACAGGACAUUACGAUAAUGUUGAUCUUUAUCAUUUGCUACAAUGUACAUUAAAAUCACCAGCAUCUAAGAAAUUAUUUGAAACUGAUAUGGCUGUUUUAAGUGCAGUUAAUAUGAAUGGCUUUGUUAAUUCAACUAUACCGUUCUUUAAAUUAGAUUGGUUACGUGGUGAUUUUAAUUUUACAACACAUGGUGGCAGCUCAUAUCGUUAUAUGAAAGGGACAUGGCCAACAAAUUCAGCAUUCUUUAAAUCAAAUAGUGAUUUCGUAUCACAUAAUUUGGAUCGAGAUCUUUCCGGUACAAUAACAAUUGAUGUACCAUUAACAUCAAGACAUCAUGCUGAUAUUGAUUAUAAACUAGAAGAGAGAGAAUUAAUUAAAACCGGACAUGCUAAUGUCGUAUAUAAUGAUCGAAAAGUAUUACAAGGUAAAUACAAUUGUAAUUCAGAGCAAAGAUCUGGCUUCGAAAAGGAUAUUAUCGACAUAACAUUAGAAAAUGAAUUUAAACCAUUAGGAAUACAUUAUAUUCAUUCGAAAGAAUAUAAAGAUGCAGAAUUCCCGGAUUAUGAUAUGAAACAUGCUGAAGUUUUUGAAUUAAGAAAAGAAGAUAAAUUCAAUUUAACUGGUGAAUUGCAUAUAAAAACAACUGAUUCAGGACAAGAAUAUAAAAUUGUUGCAAUUCAUCCGAAUCGUACAGUUAUAUUGAGUUCAGAAUAUGAUAAUCAGGAUACUAUAUCAAAACAAAAAUCAAAAUUACAACUUAGUCCAACAGCAUGGAUCGCAUACAAUGUUAUGGUUGAGAAUAAUACAACGCCUACAAAAGAAAGUCAAAAAUUCUAUGCUGAACUUUCAUAUCCGAAACGUACUCUAUCAGCUGAUGGAACCUAUUUUAAUACUGAUGAAGAAUUUGACUCAAAUAUAGCAUUAAAAUGGACAGCAAAUAAAAAAAAUAAUCGUGAUAAACCUGAACAAAAAGUUAUUAAAACCGGUUUUAAUUGGAGAAGUGAACCAUUAACUGGAAUCGAUCGGGAACAUCAAACAGCAAUGUUAACAAUUGGUCAUCCAUCAUUUUCAAAAGAUAUGACAUUAAAAGGUUUCUAUUAUCGUAGUCCAAUUGAAUUAUUGAAAUUUGGUUUAAAAUUAGAUUAUUCAAAUGAUCCUCGUCAUUUACUUAAUGUAAAUGGUGUUUUAAGAGAUGAAUCACAACAAAAUUCUGGAAUUUAUAAUUUUUCAUAUAAAUUAGAUGCAGAACAUAAUAUAUCAGAUUUUAUAUUAAAUGUUCAUGGUAUAGCAUCAGCAAAACCAGCUUAUUAUUAUACAUUAUCAAAAGGAUUAUAUAAACGUAGUUAUUUUCCUAUUAAACAUGGUUCAAUCUUAAGUAAACUAGAUAUUGUGAAAAAGGAGAUUGAAUAUGAAAGAAAAUCACCAUAUAAAGCAGUACGUUUUUGGAUGUUACCAUAUGCAAAUUAUCCAAUUUAUGGUUUAAAUGGUACAAUAUGGGAUACACCGGAGGUUAAUAGUACCGGUUUUCUAUAUGUUAAUUUAUUAGAUAAAUUUACAAGAAUGGAAAUUAAUAUGACUGAAGAUGCAUCACAAAAUAUACAGAUGAUUGGAUCUAUACCAGAUGCGAGAAAUGCAUAUUUUGAUCUAUGGAGAAAUUAUGAAGAAAUUCGUAUUAUUGAUGUUUCAUCAUAUAUUAAAAUGAAUCAUUCAAGAUUAGUAACAGGACAAUUUCAUUGGAGACCUAAAAUGAAAUCAGAAUUGAAAGAGAAAAUGAAACAAAUUGGUGAUUCAUUUUAUGAUUCAUUCUCUGAUGGUAUUGAUUUUUGGAUUAAAACAAUUUAUCAAGAAAGUUCUGAUGUAUUAAAUGAUGUUUGGUAUCAUACUAAAGAGCAGACAAAAGGUUUUAUGACUGAUAUUGGCGAAUUACAAGUUUUAGAAGAUGAUAUUACUGACUUUAGAAGAUUCGUUAAUAGCUCUUACGAGGCAAAUGAUUUUUAUGUGAAAACUUUAGUUAAUUUUACAUUAACUGUUCUAGAUGAAUUAGCUAUAAGAGAUCAUAUUGAAUCAUUACCAAAAAUUGUAAGUGAAUUUUGGCAAGUAAUGGGUGAAUCUGGAAAAGCUUUAAGAAAAAGCAUUUUAUGGUUAUUUGAAACGGUUAAAUCUGCUUACCAUAAAGCUUUGGAAAUUAUAACAAAAUUCUUACAUGGUGAAUCAUUUAAUCAGUUAUCGAAAUUAAUGGAAGCUGGAAUCGAAAAAUAUGAUAAAUUUAUUAAAGACUUGCAUAUUUCCUUUAUAAAAUAUGUUCAAAAUAUAUGGGUUAAAGGAACAGCUGCAGCAACAACAUAUUGGAGAAUAAUGUUAAAGAAAUUAGAACCACACAUAUUUAGAUUUAUUCACUAUUUAGAAUCUAGUUUGUGGAGUUUCAGUAAAGAAAUGUUUGACUUUAUAUACAAUCGAACAAGUGAAAUUGCUGAAUCACCUUAUUAUAGUCAAUUUUCAAGAAUAACACAAGAUAUUGAUCAUUUAUAUCAUGAUAUAGAAGAUAAUGAUGCUAUUACCAAUUUUAAAAAAUAUUCUGCUAUUGCAUGGGAAUUUAUUAAAGAAAAAUAUUUUAAAUUGGUACCAUUUGGAAAAGAAUUAAAUGAAGUUAUAACUGAAUUAAUACAUGAAUUAGAAAAAUUAAAAGAUUUGGCACACGUUAAAUUGGCAUUACAAAAACUUAAUGAAAUUAAAAUGAAAUUACAAUGGAUAUCAGAAGAAUUAGAAUUAGAAAGAAGAAUACAUCAAUUAUGGCGUUUAAUACGUAAUAAAUUGGGUAAAUAUACGAUGACAGCAUUACAAACUGAUGAUAUGUAUCGUGAAGCAAAAACAUUAUUUGUAUUUGAUCCUGAAUCUGGUAUAAUUGAUUUACAACAAAAAUUACCAAUGUCGUGGCAUGCAUUUAAUGAAACACCAAAAUUUGAAGAAAUUCCCGAAUAUAAAAUGAUUAAUGAUAUACAAAAUUUCUUUGGUGGUUCAAAUUUCUCAAUAAUUGGUACAAUUUAUUCAAUACGUUCGAAUUUAGAACCAAAAACAUGGUUACCACCAUAUUCAGCACACUCUUUACUAAUCGGAUCAAGACAUUAUAUGACUUUUGAUAAGAAAUUCAUUGGUUUACAAAGUGUUAAAUAUGAUAUUUUGGAUAGAUCAAAUAAUCAAGAUAAAUGCUCAUAUUUGUUAGCACAUGAUUUCUUCCAAAAUAAUUUUACACUAUUAUUGGAACCAUCCGUUUUAAUUUAUAAGGAACAAAAAAUAUUGACUCGAAAAUUAACUUUGCUAACCGAUAAAGAGCAUAUAGAAAUUGAUAUUAAUGCUGACUAUGUCAAAAUUGGUAAUAAUCCAUCACCAACGUUACCAGUAAAAUUAGGUGAUGCUGUUAUAUAUCGUGAUUCCGAUGUUGUUGUUAUACAUUCCGAACAAGAAUUUACAUUAAAUUGUAAUUUACAAUUUGAUUUAUGUUGGCUUGAACUUGGUAGUUGGUAUUUUGGACAAACAGCUGGUCUUUUGGGUACAAUGAAUAAUGAACCAUUUGAUGAUUUAACAAAAUCUAAUGGUAAAAUAACAACAAAUCAAAAUGAAUUUAUAAAAUCAUGGAGUUUAAAUGAUUGCCAAUAUAAUGACAAUAAAAAUUAUAAUAAUAAAAAUUUUAUUAAUAAUAAUAAUAAUUAUAAUGAUAAUGAAAUUAUACAAUUAUGUGAUGAAUUCUUUAAAAAAGAAUAUUUUGCAAAUUGUUUUGAAUUUAUUGAUCCGACACCAUUUUAUAAUAUGUGCAUUGAUAUGGGUUCAAAUUCAAUAACAACUGUUUUAAAAGAUAAUCAUCCGGCAAAGAAAGGUGCUUGUACAGCUGCAUUAGGUUAUAUUGAAGCAUGUGAUGCUAUGAAAAUACCAUUAAGAGUACCAGAUAAAUGUGUACAUUGUAAUUUAUCUAAUGGUACAUAUGUAGCUGAAGGAACAUUUAUUACAUUAGAAGCUGAUUCAUUACCAGAUAGUGCUGAUAUUGUAUUUAUUGUUGAAGCAAAACCAUGUAAUCAUAAUAUAACACAAUCAAAAAAUAUUAUGACUGUUGUUAGUGCAUUAGAUAAAGAAUUAAAUGAUGUUAAAAUGAAAAAUAAUCGUUAUUCUGUAAUUGCAUUUGGUGGUCGUUCACCAUUUGAUAAACCACGUAAUAUUGUACAUAAAAAUAAAGUUUUUACAUCAGAUAUAAAUUUAUUAAAGAAUUAUUUUGAUCAUAUUAAUACUGAUAAUGGUUCAAAUAAUGAUAUAUUUGGUGCAAUAUCAAUUGCAUCAAAAUCAAUAUUUAGACCUGGUGUAUCAAAAAUAUUUAUAUUAUUACCAUGUUCAUCAUGUUCAGCUAAAGAUAUGAAGUUUGAUUAUGCAUCUGUAUUACAAUUAUUACAAGAAGAUGGAAUACAAUUACAUAUAUUAAUGGAUCAAGAAUUUACAUUUGAAAAACAUCGUUUAAAUCGUGUAUUCUUUGGUUUAGAUCGUACAUUAGCAUAUUCGAAACGUGACAAUAAAAAAUUUACUGGUGAUGAAGAAUUACGUACACAUGUACGUUUAACAAAAGCUGGUCUUGGUACAUGUACUGCAUUGGCAAUUGAAUCAAAUGGUUCUGUAUUUACAGCUAAAAAAUUAAAACCAGAAAAAACAAAUCCAGUUAAAAAAAUCUCAUCUGUAUUUGCGAAACGUGUCGUUAAAACCGCUAUACAAAAAACAUGUCAAAUAUGUGAAUGUACUGGACAUAAUACUGGUAUUGCAUAUAUGACAUGUACAUCAUGUGAUUAUGGUAUUAGCGAUUCAAUAGCAUACGAUGAUUUAGAUUUCUUUGGUAAUGAUUUUAAUUUUGAUUGGGAUGAUGAUAUGGAUGAUAGUGAUUUAGAGGAUGUAUUUACCGAUGAUGAUACUGAGGAUAUUGAUGAUGAUGAUAAAAAAAGAAGAAAAUAAAUAGAAAGAGGGAUAAAAAAUUUAAUAGAUUUUUUUUUUUUUUUUAAUUUUAUUAUUAAUUUAGGUGAAACGACAACAAAAAAAAAACCAAUAUAUUAGACGAAUAUUUAGAAAUAUAUAUAUAUAUAUACAUAUAUAUAUAUAUAUAUAUUAUAAUAUAUAAUAUAUUAUAUACUUAUAAGGUAAACAUAAGUAUAUAAGCAAAAUAUUAUAUAAGAAGACAAAAAAAAAUUCGAUUACAAAAAUAAUUUUCAAAAAAUAUUAUGUAUGAAUGUAUAUAAGAAAAUAGGGAUUUUGUAAAUGUUUUAACAAAAAAAUUAAAAUUUAAUUAUAUUAUAUAAUAAUAAAAUAUGUAAAAAAUUAAAAAAAACAAAAAAAUUAUAGAUAUAUAAUAAUGAGGAUAAUAAUAAUUAUAAUUAAA